AUGGAAAUCCAUCAAACAUCCAUAGAAGAAUAUGAAUUGCUACAACAACCUGGUAAAGUUUUCAAUGAGCUAAUUAGUACUUUCCCAAUAGCUAAUAAAGCAAUAACAAUCAUACAUACUCCAAUUUUACCGUUGUUACUCAACUGGCUUCUUCCCAAAGGUAAAUCCUCGUUGACAAUUCAAUUUGUGGAAAACUAUUUUGUUGAUUCUUAUUAUCCUACCAUCGAGAAUACUUUUAAUAAAGUUAUAAGAUAUAGAGGACAAGAGAUCGCUGCAGAAAUCAUUGAUACUGCAGGUCAGGAUGAACAUUCAAUCUUGAAUUCUACACAUGGCGUCGGAAUACAUGGAUAUAUUUUAGUAUACUCAAUUACUUCUAAACAAAGCUUCGAGAUGGUAAAGAUUAUUAGGGAAAAAAUUCUGAAUUUUACAGGAAGAGAGGCUGUUCCGAUUGUUCUUGUCGGUAACAAAACGGAUUUACAUCUGCAAAGACAAUUGACUCCUGAAGAAGGUAGAGAAUUGGCUUCACAAUGGCAUUGCGCAUGGACUGAAGCAUCUGCAAAACAUAAUGAAAAUAUAACUCGUAUUUUUGAACUCAUGAUAAAUGAAAUUGAAAAGAAUCUUAAUCCAGAUGGCGAUGGACAAAAUAGCUGUGUUAUCGCUUGA